AUUUGCUGGUAUAUUAAAUGAUAGAUCAUAUGGAUUCUACCGAAGUUCUUAUAUUAAUGACACAAAAGAUGUAGUAUGGUUUGCUGGGACAAAUUUUAUGGCAACUUACGCACGUGCUGCUUUUCCCUGUUGGGACGAACCAGCAUUGAAGGCUUCUUUUAAGAUUGCCAUCAAACAUCAUCGUAAUUACACGGCCAUUUCGAACAUGCCGAUUUCCGAAGAAUCGGAAAUCGACGAGAAUGAUGGAAAGAUAUGGACACAUUUUGAAGAAUCGCCUGUCAUAUCAACGUACCUAGUCAGCUUCCUAAUCUUCGAUCUUCGUAAUAUAAGCAAUUCCGAUGGAACCAUCAACGUCUGGAGCAGAGGCAGCGUAAUUUCCUCAGCAAGUUUCGCCCACGAAGUCGCCCAGAAGGCGGCAAUUGAAUUGGAACGAUACACCAACAGUUCCGUUCGGCUGGCCAAAAUCGAUCAUGUUGCGCUUCCUGACAGAUAUGUUAUUGGAUACAAUAAGGGCAUGGAAAGUUGGGGGCUUAUCACUUACAGAGAAGCUACGAUACUGUACAAUGAAAAGGAAAGUUCAAUUGAUGAAAUGUAUAGAAUUGCAAAUAAUAUCAUUCAUCAAUCGAGUCAUCAAUGGUUUGGUAAUGUUAUUAGUCCUUUAUGGUGGACUUAUAUAUGGAUGAAUGGAGGCCUUGUGGAAUAUUUCAAAUACUAUACUGCUGAUAAGAUUUAUAAAGAUUGGCGAAUUAUGGAUUUUUUAAUUAUGGAAACGCUAAAUUCAAUCCUAUUUUUGGACAGUUUGGAAUACACACAACCUCUUAAUUUGGACAAAUACGGCGCAGCUAAACCUGAAGAUUUAUGGACUGCUUUGCAAGAUGCAUAUGAUGAAUCAACGGUAUCUCAAAACAAAUUCAAAAUUCAAGAAGUAAUGGAUACCUGGAUCAAACAGAAAGGAUAUCCUCUUAUUACAGUAACCAGAGAUCAACUUAUUGGAAAGAUAAAGAUUACACAGGAAUAUUUUCAACCAUAUAAAAAAAUAAGUAUACGUAAAAAUCUCAUUAGUAUCAACACAGAUGUUACGAAUAUGAAGUGGUGGGUACCAAUAAAUUUUGCAACUCGCACCAAUCCAAAUUUUUCAUCAACCUUAGCAACGCACUGGUUGUCGCCAAAAGCUGAAGAGCUUGUAAUCGAUGGUAUUGAUCCACAAGAUUGGAUCAUCGUAAAUGUUCAACAAACUGGUUUUUAUCGUGUAAAUUAUGAUACAAUGAAUUGGUUGAAAAUUGCUGACUAUCUAAAUUCUGAGAAUUACACAAAAAUACACGUGCUUAAUCGCGCACGAAUAAUUAAUGAUGCAAUUCACCUUAUGUUCACGGAUAAAUUAGAUCCCAGAAUUUUUAUGGACCUUACAAAAUAUUUACGACGUGAAACAGAUUAUGUAGUGUGGUUCUCAUUGUUUAAAAUUUUAAGAGACGCAACCAAGUAUUUUGCUUAUAAUGGAGGAGGUGAAUUGCUUAAGCCAUACAUUCUGGACUUGAUGAAUAAUAUAGUAGAAACUGUCGGUACACAGGAUCGCCCAAAUGACGAUUACUUCACGAAAUUUACGAGAAAUGCAAUUCUUGAGGAUGCAUGUGUUUAUGGUCAUCCUACAUGCUUAAAUGAAGCCUAUACUCAAUUAAUUGAUUAUUUAAACAAUUUAACGAUAUUUUCAAAUAGAACUUCAUUUCAUAAGAAAAGAUGGAUAUUUUGUAAUGGUAUAAAACGAGCGAAUGAAACUAUUUGGAACAAGUUGCUAUAUAUGUACACAAACAUGUCUGAACAAACAUUAUAUUGUUUGGGACACUCUAGAAACUCGACUAUUAUCGAUAAAUUUUUAAAUAUGACUAUAUCUGAAAAUACGCCAAUUGCGAAGAAUGAUAUUCAUCGUGUUAUCUAUUCGGUAUUAAAUGGAGAUUUUCCAAAUGUUGAUGUAGUCUUGAAUUUUAUUAUGAAUCAUUGGGAUAAACUUAUAACUAUGUAA